UUAAGCAAGCAUCAUGAGUGGAAGAGGUAAAACCGGUGGUAAGGCCAGAGCAAAGGCUAAGACUCGCUCCUCCAGAGCAGGGCUUCAGUUCCCGGUCGGUCGUGUUCACAGACUUCUCCGUAAAGGAAACUACGCCGAGCGCGUCGGUGCCGGUGCUCCGGUUUAUCUGGCCGCUGUGCUCGAGUACCUGACCGCUGAGAUCCUGGAGUUGGCCGGAAACGCCGCUCGGGACAACAAGAAGACCCGUAUCAUCCCCCGUCACCUGCAGCUGGCGGUGCGUAACGACGAGGAGCUGAACAAACUCCUGGGCGGAGUGACCAUCGCUCAGGGCGGCGUGCUGCCCAACAUCCAGGCCGUGCUGCUGCCCAAGAAGACCGAGAAACCCGCCAAGACCAAAUAAAUUACAGCGGUUUUAACAAACCCAAAAGGCUCUUUUAAGAGCCAACCACUUUCUCUU